GAGGAGAGGAGGAAGAGGCGGAGGGGCGACGGGGGCAGGUCCCAGAAGAUGGCGGAGGCGGGGGAUUUCUGGUAGGUCAUGCUUUAGGACAAGAUGUACUGUUGAAGCAUCAUCUGCUUUGAUUCACAAACAGUGGAGCUUUUCAACUGGGACUCUCCCACCCCUACAGCUUAUUGAACUUAUGAAACCAUGGCGGAAGGAGAGACGGAGUUACCUGGGUCCAAAAAGUGUGGCCCAUAUAUCUCAUCUGUCACUAGCCAGAGUGUGAACUUGAUGAUUCGAGGAGUAGUCCUUUUUUUUAUUGGAGUAUUUCUUGCGUUAGUGUUAAAUUUGCUUCAGAUUCAGAGAAAUGUGACUCUAUUUCCACCCGAUGUGAUUGCAAGCAUCUUUUCUUCUGCAUGGUGGGUACCACCAUGCUGUGGCACAGCUUCAGCUGUGAUUGGGUUAUUAUACCCCUGCAUUGACAGGCAUCUAGGAGAACCACAUAAAUUUAAAAGAGAGUGGUCCAGUGUAAUGCGGUGUGUAGCUGUCUUUGUUGGUAUAAAUCAUGCCAGUGCUAAAGUGGAUUUUGAUAACAACAUACAAUUGUCUCUCACACUGGCUGCACUAUCCAUUGGACUGUGGUGGACUUUUGAUAGAUCUAGAAGUGGUUUUGGCCUUGGAGUAGGAAUCGCUUUCUUGGCAACUGUGGUCACUCAACUGCUAGUCUAUAAUGGUGUUUAUCAUCAUCACAUGUCACUCCUAGAUCUUCUGGGAAUGUCUGCUCAACCAAAGUAUGACAGUGGCAGUUCUGCUGUGAAACAAUCUUUCUGCAUGUACAAAAGCUGGAGAUUUUCAGCAGGACAUUACAGAAAGACAAAGUGCUACCCCAUCACCUUAGGGUCAGUUGGAUGCACCUGGUAUGCAAAGUCUCUGCGCACUUGGCUUGGGAAAUCUGCAGACUGACAAAUUUAAGAUGAAGCUUAAAACUGUUUACAAAGACAAAUCUUUGUGGAAUUUUCAAUGCCUUAGACCUGGUGCAUGUCAAGAUCAUGCCUGUCCAAGUGAAAACAAGCCAGUACAUGUUUCAGAUCUUUCCAGAAUGUAUGUAAAAUUCAUUUUAAAAUUGAUCAGGUUGAGAUUUUUUUUCCUAAAGAAAAAUAAAUUGGUGAAAAAUAAA